AUGAAUGUCAGCACGCGGGCGCGAGCCAAGACGGCUGAUUCAACAGCAAACUCCAACACCAACAUAGCCACAAAACAGCAGACACAACGGAAUUCAUCCACGGCAUCGCAGGCAGGCGACAGGCCGUCGAGCGAGGCGCCCAGAGACAGUGAGCCGAAGACAGACGCAGUCAAUACAAUGGAGAAGACAGGCGCAGUGAAUACAAUAGAAACGCCGACCACAGCAGUCGCCGCAGACACAGACAGCACCGAAAUGGACGGAGACAAGCUGGUUAGCAUUCCUGCGCAAAAUAUCCGACACUUCAAAGAGGCAGUGGUCAACACAAGCCGGCUGCUGAAGGUGUUUGGCGAGCAGGAAAAGGAGCUUACAAAGGCCAAAGCUGAGGUUGCAAAGGCGCAAGAUGACGCGCGACGGGUGGCCGCAGCGGCAGCAACGGUGCAGCGCGAGGCUGACAACCGGGCGCGGCUGCUGGCCAAGGCUAACGCGGAGACAGCGACGGCGCGGGCAUUGGUUGAGCAGCGCGAGGCUGAGCUGUCUCGCGUGCGCGGACAGAAGGAGGAUCUGGAGGCGCAGGUGGGCGAGCUGCGACAGGCAUCGCCGGCGGUGGAGCAGGUGGCGCCGGUUCCAGCACCAGACGCGGCGCUGGGCGAGGAGAUCGAGCGGCUGAGGCGUGAGGUCGAGGCCAAAGAGGGCUCGCUUAAGUCGCUGCGCAUCUCGCGCGACGCCAUCCGCUCGUCAACCAAAGCCGAGAUUAUGAGCAUCCAGGCGCGGUACGCGCGCGAGCAGGCCGAGCUGAUCAACCGGCAAGAGAAAGAGAUGGCGCAGCACCGCGGGUCGCUGGCGUCGCGCGAGGCCGAUCUGGAGCAGGAGCAGGAGCGGCUGAUGCAGAUGGAGAUGGACCUGGGCAUGCGCACGACGCAGCUGGAGGACCAGGUCGCCGACCUCACGGCUGCGCUUGCCGAAAUGACUGCCAAGCAUGACGCCGCACAGGGCCGCGUGCGCUCGCUCGAGGAUGCCGCCAAGGUCUCGGCUGCUGAGCAUCGCGCCGAGGCUGGCCGCCUGGCGCGCGCAGCAAAGAAGGAUGAGAAACGCGUUGCUGAUCUAGAAACGCAGCUGGAGCGCUUGAAGGCGCAGGCGCGAGAGGCUGCCCGCGCGCGUCCCAAACCGCGGCCAAAGUCGACGGCCACAGCGGCGGAAGCUGUGCUGGCAGCCACCGAGGACGUCGCCGCUAUGGAUAUCGCCGAGCUACGCGCUGAGGUGGCCUCGCUACGCGCUGACGCCGUGCACAAAAACGAGACCAUCCGCCGCCAGGAGGUGCUUGUCAUGGAGCUUGAGCGCAAGCAGAAUCCCGAGGGUCGACGCCCUCGCGGCCGCGUUGCCGAGUUGCAGACAGAGCUCGACAAGAUGCAGACUGCAUUGGACGAGCGCACGCAGGCUGUGGCCACGCUGGAGGCUGCGCUGCGCUCGUCAGCGUCGCCCGACGAUGCCUCGGUCACCACAACAGUCGCACAGCUCAACCUCCGCGUCAUUUCGCUUGAGGCCGCGCUUAGCACCCGCGACCAGCGCGUGGGAGCGUUGGAGCGCGAGCUGGCCGCUGCACGCGAAGCUGCCAGUGAGCGCCCAAUGCGCCUGCGCCACGCACAAACUGCACAUAGCUCAGCGGCCGCUGCGGCACUGUCGCUAAAGAGCCCCGAUCUUACAGCGCUGCGGGCGCGCACCACCAAGCUUCAGCAAGAGCGUGCAGCACUGCUGGAGCUGGUCACAGAACAGCAAGUUACUAUCCGCCAACUGCGGGGCACUGGCCAGGUUUCUCAGCCAGCUCCGCUUACACUAACACUGACAUCACAGCCCUUGCCAUCGACAUCGACAUCGCCAUCGAUAGCGACAUCACAGCUCAUUCCACAGCCAUCACAUCCAUUACAGCCUUUGCCACAGCCUGUGCCUGCUCCCAAGCGGCGUAUGCAGCCAGCAUCUGCCGCUCUUGCUGAUGAGAUUGAACUGGCCGGCGUUGUGGGAGCCAAGCGGCACAAGAACGGGGUGGCCGACACAGCGUCGACAGUGACGGCAGCGUCCACUCCUUCCGAAAAGGGUGCCAAGCCCGUAGCCGAAGCCAACGACGCCGAGGCCAUGGAGCGCGUUCUGCGCGACAAGCGCAUCAAUGGCGCCAACCGCGCCAAACGCUUUUUCUCGCUGCUGCAAAAGUCGCCACAGGAGCUCGAGGCUGCGCUGCUCGGGAUGACUGGCGAUAUGCCAGUGCUGGACGUCGCUGAGUUUCACCGGCAGCUCCUGGCAUACGCAUCCGCUACUCCCCUUGCGCGCCGCCUCUUGCCGCCCAGUGAGCCAUCGGUACUGCACGCCAUCGAGGCCUCUGCGGUAACAUGCAUCUGGACGCUGUGUUUCAAGAACGCACAGGGCAGCUUCUUUGCCUCGCUGAUGCGUCAUAUGGCCCAGAGCAUUGUGUCGCCAGUGUCAUCGCCGGCCACAACAUGCUCGCUGGCGCGCAUUUUUGCAGCGCUCAGUCUUGUUGCUGGUGACGUCCAGCGCGUGCGCAUUAUGUUGUGCGAUCUUUUGAUGGAUGCUGUUGAUAGUCCACACACGCUGCCGGUUUUGGCAAACACGCUGGCCGUGUACCCGGCUGCGUUGACUAUGCCGUUGGAAACUGAGCGAGCGGCUUGGCUGGUAGUGCGCGUUGUGCAGGCAAUUGCCGCUGGAAUUCACGAUCUUUACGCGGAGGAGCACAGCAGGGAGGAGGCCGAUGCGUUGUACACUGUGAUGGUCAAUAAGUGUGCGUGGCGCUUGCCGGCAGAGGCUGAGUUUGCCGACCGCGUCCUAGUCGAGGUAUCCAAUGAGCUACGCAGUUUGCAUCCCGAAGACAGCGCGUAUGCUGUGGUUAUGUGCGCGCACAACUUGCUUGCUCCAUACAUGGUGGCUGAGACAGAAGCUGCGCUGUAG